AUGAGACUCCCCACACUCCUCACUCUCUUGCUUUGGCACCUGGCUUGGCUGGACCUGGAAUUCGUCUGCUCUGUGUUGGGUGCCCCUGACUUGGGCCAGAGACCCCCGGGGCCCAGGCCAGUGUUGGCCAAAGCGGAGGCCAAGGAGAGGCCCGCGGUGGCCCGGAGCAUCUUCAGGCCCGGGGGUCACAGCUAUGGUGGGGGGGCCACCAAUGCCAGGGCCAAGGGAGGCACCGGGCAGACGGGAGGCCUGACCCAGCCCAAGAAGGAUGAACCCAAAAAGCUGCUGCCCCCCAGAACGGGUGGCCCUGAACCCAAGCCAGGACACCCUCCCCAGACCAGGCAGACUGCAGCACGAACUGUGACCCCAAAAGGACAGCUUCCCGGGGGGAAGGCACCCCCAAAGGCAGGAUCUGUCCCCAGCUCCUUCCUGCUGAAGAAGGCCAGGGAGCCCGGGCCCCCUCGAGAGCCCAAGGAACCGUUCCGCCCGCCCCCCAUCACACCCCACGAGUACAUGCUCUCGCUGUACAGGACGCUGUCCGAUGCUGACAGAAAGGGAGGCAACAGCAGCGUGAAGUUGGAGGCUGGCCUGGCCAACACCAUCACCAGCUUUAUUGACAAAGGGCAAGAUGACCGAGGGCCUGUGGUCAGGAAGCAGAGGUACGUGUUUGACAUUAGUGCCCUGGAGAAGGACGGGCUGCUGGGGGCUGAGCUGCGGAUCUUGCGGAAGAGGCCCUCAGACACAGCCAAGCCAGUGGCCCCCGGCAGCGGGCGGGCUGCCCAGCUGAAGCUGUCCAGCUGCCCCAGCGGUCGGCAGCCGGCAGCCUUGCUGGAUGUGCGCUCCGUGCCAGGCCUGGACGGCUCUGGCUGGGAGGUGUUCGACAUCUGGAAGCUCUUCCGAAACUUUAAGAACUCGGCCCAGCUAUGCCUGGAGCUGGAGGCCUGGGAACGGGGCCGGGCCGUGGACCUCCGUGGCCUGGGCUUUGAUCGGACUGCCCGGCAGGUCCAUGAGAAGGCUCUGUUCCUAGUGUUCGGCCGCACCAAGAAACGGGACCUGUUCUUUAAUGAGAUCAAGGCCCGCUCCGGCCAGGAUGAUAAGACCGUGUAUGAGUACCUCUUCAGCCAGCGUCGGAAACGGCGGGCACCCCUGGCCACUCGCCAGGGCAAGCGACCCAGCAAGAACCUCAAGGCCCGCUGCAGUCGGAAGGCACUGCACGUCAACUUCAAGGACAUGGGCUGGGACGACUGGAUCAUCGCACCCCUUGAGUAUGAGGCCUUCCACUGUGAGGGGCUGUGCGAGUUCCCCUUGCGCUCCCACCUGGAGCCCACGAACCAUGCGGUCAUCCAGACCCUGAUGAACUCCAUGGACCCAGAGUCCACACCCCCCACCUGCUGUGUGCCCACGCGGCUCAGUCCCAUCAGCAUCCUCUUCAUUGACUCUGCCAACAACGUGGUGUAUAAGCAGUAUGAGGACAUGGUCGUGGAGUCCUGUGGCUGCAGGUAG